AUGGCGGAUGGCGGGUCUACAGAGAUUAUUACACUACCAGCCCAGCCAGCCAUCGAUGUCAAUACUCAGAUCGAUCUGGAUGUGGCUUCACUCAUGACCAAACAGGGAGGUGGUGUACUGCGCCGCUCCAUCCCAUGGGACCCUGAAACCUCGUUUUGUACCGACCCCGUCAGAGUACUAUUCAAUCAACCAGCCAACCAGCCAACCAAUCCGGAUGUCUCUAGCCCUCCACCCCGCCUGAUGAGCUGGGAUAAUAUCUCUCCCUCUCUCGGCGCCAGAUUUCUAUCACUGCAGUCUAUCCAUUAUCGCCCCAAUCAUGAAGUUGAAUCUAGAUACCGGGGGGGGGGCGACGCUGUACGGCGUGCAUACGCCAAGGGCCAGCGCCAAGACAGACUACCGUGGAGGCAAACGCCCAAUCAGGGCGGCCAGGCCGGGCCCUUCGGUUUCGGCCGUGUGGCUCCAUCAAAGCCUAUCAGACGCCCCGCACUAGCCCCCUUCCGGCUGUCCUGGUACCGGUGCAGAGGCGUAUCCUGCAACUAUACGCCGUAUGGCGCUGGGGAUGAGGGGGAGGGGGAUCUUGAUGCCCUGGAUGAAUAG